UAUGUUCGUCCAACUAUGCUACCUACAUCUCAUCUAUUAAGAAUGCACAACGAAUUAUCGCGAUUGGAAGUAAAGUAGUUGGAUCAAAGCGUAUUAAUUUUGGUCAAAGGGAUUCGUAUUAUGCAAGAGUGCACGUUGCAGUUGUUCAGUUCAACACGCAAUCCCUUUUAAGUAGAUUGAAUGAAAAUUAUGGAUAUCAUCCUUCAAGUGCUAUCACAGAAAUGGAAGAAGCAGCCAAGAAAAAAAUUGAGAAAACAAAAACUUUAAGAAUGCUAAAAGGAAGACGAAGAAGAAGAUAUCUUGACAGUGGAAAAGAAGAUUAUGGAGAAGGUGCUAAUCGUCCAGAUAUUAGCCCAGAAUCAUAUGAAAUUUUAGUUCAACAACACUUGGAAAAACUUAGGAAGGAUCAAACUAAUCGAGUCGAAAUUGAACGAGCAAUAGUCAAUCAAAGUGAAUGCGACUUAUGGUAUCAGAAAAGAAGGGAAUUGUUGACAGCUUCAAAUUUUGGUAAGAUUUGUCGAAAAAGAAACAGUACUUCCUCUUCUGCAAUUGUCAAAAGCAUCCUUUAUCCACCAGUUUUGAAUCUUCUAGCAUUAGCAUAUGGAGUUGAAAAUGAAGCUAGCGCACGGAAUGUGGUCCAAAAAAUUAAAACAAGAUAUACAACUCGCUGGUUACUUAUUGAUGAAGAUGACGAAUAUUUAGGAGCAUCCGUAGACGGCUUCAUAGGCAAUGACGGUAGUGUAGAAAUAAAAAAUCCCCUUUCUGCAGCCAAUUUGACAAUACACCAGGCUCUGAAACGCAAAAAACAUCUAAGAAGAAUUUUCAGUAAAGAAGAUAUUAAUAAAAUGAAUACAUCUCAUCAGUAUUAUUAUCAAGUUCAAGAUCAGUUACAUGUAAGUAGAAAAGAUUAUUGCAUAUUUGCUCUAUGCCCAAAAAUUGACAUCAAAUACAUUAGAGUUGAACGCAAUGAUGACUUUUGGCAGAAGAGGAUGGCUGAACCAUUAAGGAGAUUUUAUUUUGACUGCUUACUUCCUGAAUUAUUGGAUAGUCACUAUAAUCGUAACAUGGCCCUUCGUGAGCCAGAUUACGUUGUCGAAGCACAUAGAGAACAGCAGCGCAAAGCUGCAGAAAAGGCAGCAAAGACGAAAAGGAAAGUUACAAUUCAAAGCAAGACGAAGGAAAAACGUUCCAGGACAUCAGUUAUUAACAUAGCCGAUAAUGUUGCUAAUAAUGAUACCAAAGACAUGUCAUCUUUAACAGAGACAGCUGAACAUCAAUGUGAUGCAUCUGUUCCUAUUGAAAGUAAUGGUUCAUCGAUUGAAGAUCAAAGAAGUAUUUUAGCUGUACUGUACGUAAAUAUCAAUAUGGAUCAGGUGUACAGCAACAUUUUGGAUAUAGAAAGUCUUCUGAAUGACGAUAGCAUAGAAUCGUUUUUUCAAUUAGUGCAAAAGAAAGAAUCAAACUAUGAAAUUCAUCCAACUAUUUACUUUCAGUUUUAUGAUCUUCUUCCGGAACAAUUUUUAGGAUUCCAUGGAAAAAUUCAUGUGCAGAUCAUUGGUGGUCACCCUGAUUUUGAGCACUGGAUUUGCAUGCGAUAUAAUGGUAAAUAUUUACAGAUUUUCGACAGUAUCAAUCGAACACAUAUGUCACAGUUACACGCUGUGGAAAAAGCUUAUUUCAAUCAUCGUUACCCUCAAUUAAAAUGGGAAAAUGUUCGUUUUGCUAAAGUAACACAACAGCCAGAUGGGGUGAGUUGCGGUGUAUAUUCAUUAGCUUUUAUGACAGACAUCAUAUUGAAGAAGGACGUCACGAAAAUUAAAUAUUCUCAAAAUGCAAUAGUUAUGAGAAAUCAUGCAGUGGCCAUACUUAAACAACAAGAUCUCAUAAGUUUUCCCUAUCGCAGGUAGAUAUCAAUAGGCAAAGCCACAUUCUUUUCGCACGUAGGAGAAAUAUGCAAAGCACAGUACUUUAGCGUAUAGACAAAAUACUUAUAACUGCUUCGUUUUGUUCCAUGUAGGCGAAAUAUGCAACAUGCGUUUACUCCUGCUUAUAGACAAACUACGCAUAGCUGUUUGAUUUUUUUUUUUCGUACAUACGCGAAAUGUGCAAAAAGGAUUUACUGCAAUGCGUAUAGGCGAAAUACGCAAAACCGCAUCCUUUUUGUAUAUACAGACGAAAUAUGCAAAACGGAUUUACUGUACAGCGUAUAGGCGAAAUACGCCGUCCUUUUUGUAUAUAUGCGUAAUAUGCAAAAGGGCUUUACUGCAAUGCGUAUAGGCGAAAUACACAAAACCGCGUCCUUUUUGUAUAUAUAGGCGAAAUAUGCAAAACGAAUUUACUGUACAGCGUAUAGACGAAAUACGCAAGCCUCGUCCUUUUUGUAUAUAUACGCGAAAUGUGCAAAAAGGCUUUACUGCACUGCGUAUAGGCGAAAUACGCAAAAUCGCGUCCUUUUUGUAUAUGCAAGAAUGUACUUCAAAAAAAUAUCCGUACUAUGAUUUCGAUCUAUUUUUUCGUCAGCUUUCCUAUGGUGUGGUGAGAUGUUAAAAAUUUCCACGUUAAAUUUUUUAAAAAACAACAAAAGGAAUAAGUAUUUUUUUUCGAGAUGACAGUUUUUUGGAAUUUUUGAAAUAAUGCGCGUUGAAUGAAAGCGCGGUCUUGCACUUUCUCCGAUCUGAGAGUCGAGAAGCACAGGUUUGCGCGCAAACUCUCCAUCAGGUAUAUGUUUCGGCGCAGCGUUGUUAUCAGCGCAACUCGAAGCCGAUGCGGUUCGGUCUUUCAGCUCAUUAGCCCAGAGUGCUGAAUUCGGUAAGUACUAGGCCUUGCCAACCAAAAAAUAUAUGGAGAGAGAGCAUAGAUAUAAAGAAGAAUAAGAACGGUACAGGCGCCCUUAUGCCGUUACCAUGUAAUUUCUAUGCUUUUCAGAGCAGUCCCUAACCUCAAUGUGCAUUUCAGAACAACGCUCACCGUUUGAAGAAAUGAUCAAUAAAUCAAUGCAUAGCAUUUUUAUAUCAUUAUUUGACAAAUUGAAAACCAAUCUUUUAUGCAUUAUAGACCAAGAUUCAGAAGUUAUAAGCCACAAGAUGAGUCGUUAAAAAAAAAUUGCUCUGGAAGAUGGUAGGCGAAACCAGUCAUUGAAGAAUUGGGCAUUAGUAAUCUUGCAUCUCAAAAGCCUGAUUAUGACCUGAAACAACAUGCGUAGCAAAAAAGUUCGACAAAGUUACGAGAAAAACUCAAACAGCCAUAGCCGAACUGCUCAUGGAUAGAUUGAAAGCCGAACAAGAUGUAGCUGUUAAUAUUGGAAGUGAACUUUC